AUGGAAUUCAAAUGUCGAACGGGUGGGCAGUGUAUAAACAGAGCGUGGAAGUGUGACGGUGAGGUGGACUGUGCUGAUGGAUCGGAUGAAGAUGACUGUGAGCAUCAUGAAUGCACAGCUGAUGAGAAGUUGUGUGAUGUGGGCACUUGUCUUCCGAAAGCGAAGUGGUGCGACGGGCAAGAGGACUGUUUCGAUGGAUCUGAUGAGAAGGACUGCUCAGGGAGUGGGCCGAAAAAAGAAGAAUGUGGAAUAAACGAACACAAAUGCGAAGGAACACCACUUCAGUGUAUUCCUUAUGAUAAGUUAUGUGUUGAGGGUGAGGCGAAUAACGAUUGCGCGAAGACUGUCUGUAAUAAGCAACUGAAGCUUUGCGAUGAAAAGCCGGGAGGAUACUGCCAGUGUCGUGUGACGAGUGUGAAUGGGACAUUCUGCUAUUGUCCGCAA